AAAAGCAGGAGGACUAAAAGUAAGGAAGCAGAUGACGACGGAGGCAGUGAACCUGCCGAUCAUUGACUUGUCCUCAUCAGAUUCUAUCUCCUCCGCCGAUUCAAUCCGUCGGGCAUGCAUAGAGUGUGGUUUCUUCUACCUGGUGAAUCAUGGCGUCGAGGAAGAGCUGUUUGCAGAGGUGUUCGAUCAGAGCAGCAACUUCUUUUCGCUUCCUUUGGAAGAUAAGUUGAAACUGGAUCGCAAGCAUCACAGUGGUCACAGUGGAUACACCCCACUCUUUUCCGAAAACCUCGACUUCGCUUCCAGCUCCAAAGGUGACUCGAAAGAGAGUUAUUACGUCGGCAAUUUAUAUGACCCAACUCAGAGUCAUUUGAAUAAAUGGCCUUCAGAAGACAUCCUUCCAUCUUUGAGACCUACAAUCGAAUCGUACUAUAGAAAAGUCCUGUCUGCUGGAAAAAGGUUAAGCUCUCUGAUUGCCCUGGCUUUAAACCUAGAUGAGGACUUUUUCGACAAAGUGGGGGCACUGAAUAAACCAAGGGGUUUCCUUCGACUUUUGCACUAUCCAGGUGAGCUGGGAUCAAACGAUGAAGAAAUAUAUGGUGCUUCUGCUCAUUCAGAUUAUGGCAUGGUCACACUCCUUGCAUCCAAUGGAGUUCCUGGACUUCAGGUUUGUAGGGAUAAAUCUAAGCAACCUCGAGUCUGGGAAGAUGUUCUUCACAUAGAUGGGGCAUUCAUUGUCAACAUUGGCGACAUGCUGGAGAGGUGGACUAAUUGUUUGUUCAGGUCAACACUGCAUAGAGUGAUGCCAGCAGGACGAGAACGCUACUCCGUCGCUUUCUUCAUGGAUCCCAAUGAAGAUUGUGUCGUGGAAUGUCUGGAAAGUUGUUGCAGCGAAGAAUCACCGCCAAGAUUUCCUCCCGUCCGCAGUGGGGACUACCUGGAAGAGCGUUUUCGGCUUACAAAUGCAAUUUAAAAGGUCCGUCUUUUGCAGUU